UUCAGUCUGAGUCUCUCAGUCUUGUCAGAACUCUCAGUCUCUAUUUUUUAUUUCUUUCACAAUGUCUGGGAGUGGCAGCAGCAGCAGUGGCAGCAGUGGCAGCGGUCUGCUCCAGCAUCGUCAUCAUCAGCACACACAGCGUGAUUCAAUGUCCGACGCACAGAGCAUGACGGACGCGCAGGACUUUAACAGCACCUCGGCCAUCUUCACAUCCGCAGGCGCGCCAUCGUCAUUGUCAGGAACAACGCCGUUCGGGUACGACAGUGGCGGCAGCGGAGCGGGUGCUGGGGCGAUGCAGAUGAGCAGCGGCAGUGGCGGCAGCAGUGUGGCGCCGCCGUCGGCUGCUGUGGCUGUGGCUGCGGCGGGCGGUCCGCAGGGCUACGUCCCAUCGCAGUACAGCAGCUACUCUGCCAUCCGCGCUGGCGAUGCGGGCGUCGAGCAGGCGAUUCAGCACGAGCACCAGCGCGCCCAGCAUGAUGCCGAGAUGCACAACCAGCAUCACCACCAGCACCAGCACCAGCACCACCUCCACCACCACUCUGCAGCGGCGUUGUCAUCAUCAUCAGCCGCAGCAGCAGCAGCAGCAGCAGCAUCAUCGUCAUCGUCGGCAGCCCACCCGCGGACGAGCUCUGGCGGCAGCGUCGACCAUCUUCAGCCACGCACGUCCGCGUCUGCGCCGUCGUUCUUCCCGCCGUCGCCUGGGAAUGCGGCCGCUGCGGUGGCGAGCUCGUCGUCGAAUGCCGCACCGAGUGGUGGCGGUGGCGGCGGCGGCGCGGGUGGGUUUGGGUACGGGACGAGCGUCGGCGCUGGCGUUGCUGACGACACGGACGCGUCUUCGUUCAGUCACGCUGCGUCUGCACCGACGACGCCGAGCAGCAAGCAGAAGACCUCGAUUCCGUACCACCACAGCACGAGCAUCAUCAGCGUCGGCGCCGGCGGUCUGCACUCGAACGGAACGACCGCUGCUGGGCAUCAUCAGCAGGGCGAAAGCACUCCGCUGCUCAGUCCGACCAUGGAUGACGAAGGCAACGUCCUUUCCCAGCCGUAUGACGACCCCGAGUUCCGUGCGCUUCUCAGCGAGGUGGAGGAUGCCUUCCAUGCCGGCAUUCAUCCCCAGCGGAUUGCUCAAGGCAGCAGUGGCAGCUACUUUGUGCGCAAUCGACAAGGCAAAAUCAUUGGUGUCUUCAAGCCAAAGAACGAGGAGCCGUACGGCAAACUCAACCCCAAGUGGACCAAGUGGUUUCACAAGGUCUUCCUUCCCUGUUGCUUUGGCCGAAGCUGCUUGAUUCCGAACCAGGGAUACAUGUCGGAAGCCGGUGCAAGCUUGAUUGAUCGCAAGCUGGGUCUCAAUGUCGUCCCUCCCACUCGGGUUGUCAUGCUGGCUAGCCCCUCCUUUUACUACCCAGGCUGGCGCCGAAAGGCGUCCAAGUUGAAACCUUUGCCUCCCAAAGUCGGCUCCUUCCAGCUCUUCGUCAACGGUUACAAGGAUGCGAUUGUCUACUUGACGCGCUUUGAGCGCGAGUCGAUGCCGAUUUCGACGCGAUUGGAGUUUCAGCAUCAGUUCGAAAGGCUUGUUAUUCUAGACUACCUCAUUCGCAACACUGAUCGUGGAAACGACAAUUGGCUCAUUCGCUAUGACGAGAAAAUCGACGAGGAGGCGAGUGAUAGCCCCGACUCUGAAGCGUGGGGCGUGGUGAAGGAGCCGACCAUUACCAUUGCUGCCAUCGACAACGGUCUCGCCUUCCCCAUCAAGCAUCCCGACUCGUGGCGCGCGUAUCCGUACCACUGGGCUUGGCUGCCGUACGCCAAAGUUCCCUUCUCGGACGAAAGCCGCGACGCCUUCUUGCCGCUGCUGAUGGACGAGACGUACAUGGAUGACCUCAUUGAAGAGCUGCACACGCUGUUCAAGCAGGAUGGUGGCUACGAUCGAAGCAACUUCAACAAGCAAAUAUCUGUCUUCCGCGGCCAGCUGCAAAACCUUGUCGCUGCCUUGAAGGAGAAGCGGACUCCUCUCGAUCUCAUCCAGAUGCCCGUCUUCACCAUCAAGGAGGAGAAGAAUCUCAAGCGCCGAGUGCAAAUCUUUUUGAAAAAGCACCCCUUCUUCAAGCGCUUCUGAACACGUCUCGCUUUGCUUGGUUGGCCCGACCGACCGAGCGUGCUUUGUUUUGUAGCCGCAACUACGCGCUUCAUUACUACUCGAUUAUUUUGAAUUUUUUGAAACGGACGUCGUCACCUUCAGUGUUGUUUGAGUGUUUGUGUUUUGUUGCUGUUUCUUGUUGUUGUGUUGCGUUUGUUUUCUCGGCUGAUUUGUUGUUGUUGUUCAGCGAUUUGAUCCUUUGGCUUACCAUUUGAAUUAAGAACGCCCCUUCUCUUUCGCCAA